AUGUCGAGUGCGUCCGCAUACUCGGACUAUUCUCCCAGCUCUGCAGACGCACCCAUUGUCCUGGACGACCACAAGGACGACGAGGUUUCUUCGUCCCGGGAUGAUCCCAAUGCUGGUUCCGUCUCAGACGUCUCGCUCGCCUCGGGUGAUCUGAUCUCCGACAACGGGCCGCCACAUGUGGCUCUUCUCCCGGCGAGGAUGAACUCGGACGGUGAGCUGGUGGCUGUCGCUCCGAUGGCUCGUGGCUCCUCGGCUCGCUCGCUCACCCUCCUCCAGCCCAUGGCCGGCUGGCUUGCCUUCUGCGGCUACGCUCCGGGAGGCGGCAUCGUCGGCACUGGCUGGGCCUUUCUCGUCUGGGCCAUGGUCGUCACCCACGCUGUUGUCAUGUUCUCCCUCACCGUUUACCCGAUGCGCUUGACCGAGUCCACCUUGUCCGGCUUGGCCAUCCUGGCCCUUGCCCCCGUCAUCACCCUCCCCACCUUCAACCGAUACAUGCGGUCGGGCGUGCUCGAGGACGAGGUAGCAACGUGCAAGUACGUCCACCAGUACUCGGGCCGCGCCGUCCGCCAGCUUGCGCUUGGCCACACGCUCGCGGCCAUGGCUGUCUCGCUCUUUCUUGUGGUGGGGUGGAACGUGACGCUCGGCCUCGCGCUCGAUGGCCAGGGCUUUGGCGGUGGUAAGUCGGACGCCCUCUACUGGGUCGAGCUCGUCACCUCGAUCUUUGCCAUUCCGGCCAUGGUCACCCCGCUUGCCAUGCUCUCGCUGGUGUGCAACCUGCAUCGGCUGCAGUGUCUCUCGUUUAUUGGCCGGCUCACCGACGCCGACAUGCACAUUCCGUCGGCACUCCGCCUCCAUCAGGCCAUCCGCCGCUCCAUUAAGGCCUCCUCGCGGCUCUUCACUCGCUGGGUCUUCCCCGCAGCCCUCAUCUGCGCUGUCUCGCUCACUUACCAGAUCUAUGGCUACCUCUUGAGCCACAGCAGCUCGCGCCAGUAUAACGGCAUCUACCACAUCAUUGCCGUCACCCUCAUCCUCGUCGUCAUCCUCGGCGCCACCACCUCGGUCACCCGCGCCGCCCACAACGUCCGCCACGCUACCGCAGAGCUCUACGCGGUCUCAUUUGGCAGCGCCGCUGACAUCUCUCGAUUCAUGGUCUACCUCAACAACACAGACCUCGCCUUCCGCAUCUUUGCCGUCCCCAUGUACCCGGCCUACAACUCACUGGUCAUCGUCGGCUUUUCCGCCGUUGUCGGCGGCGUCGUCCGCCAGGCCACCAUCUGA